CUUAGGUGGUUUCCAGGCCACGCCUUGAGUGCUGCAGGGGGUGCCUUCGCCUCCUGACCCCCACGUGCUCCAGGAAGCUGCUCUUCCAUGUGGCGGGACCUGCCUGCCCAGGUGCCAGGAUCCCCGGCACACCCAGAGAAGGGACACAGGAAACUGCUCACAAGGACAGAUUCCCUGAUCAGAACUUGGGCUUCACUCAGAGCUGCGCCAGACAUGUCCCGGCUGUGACAGUCCCGCAUGCUCCUCGGGGGACAUGUACACAUGCACUCCAAGGAGAGGCUCGGUCACUCAGCAGUAGGGGGUCAGAGCCCUUGACUGAGGGGCCAGGGCCUGCCCUCCAGGACGCACGCUCUGGCCAGCAGAGAAGUGAAGUUGGUGACACAUCAGGAUAGGCACUGGGGACAACAGUAGAGCAGGAAGAUGGGGGGCGAAGUGCCCUGUUCUGUGUGACAUUAUCAAGGAAGGCCUCUCGGUGGAGGUGACAUUGGCCAACGUGCAGGAAAUGAGGAUAGGGUCACAGAUGUGGGAAGAUGAAACCAGGUUGUCACAGUGCCAGGGCCCUGAGGUGGGAGCAGUGGGUGUCCCCAGGAGACAGGCCCGGGGAUGGGCCACAUGGGCGCCAGGGCCACCUGUGGGCCUCCCUGGGAGGUCGGGGAGGUCGAGCCAUCCUGCUGCGAGUGCCUGGCCCAUGCCCUGUGGCUGCCCAUCUCUUUCCCCGUCCCCUUACCCCCCUGUCGGAGCUUCAAAAAAUUCCCUAGAAACUGAAAGAAGCAGCAAAGCCCUUCCUGCACCCUCCCCGUCCCCGCCCAGUGGGGACAGUCGCCACCAACUUCCUCUUUCCAGCACAUUUAAGGCCCAGCCUGGGCGGCUCCUGGGGAGGCCAAGCCUGCACCGCUGCCAGCCAUGGGGGACACCUUCAUCCGCCACGUUGCCCUCCUGGGCUUCGAGAAGCGCUUCGUCCCCAGCCAGCACUACGUGUACAUGUUCCUGGUGAAGUGGCAGGACCUGUCCGAGAAGGUGGUGUACCGGCGCUUCACCGAGAUCUACGAGUUCCACAAAUUGUUAAAAGAAAUGUUCCCCAUCGAGGCUGGAGAGAUCAACCCCGAGAGCAGGAUCAUCCCCCACCUCCCAGCUCCCAGGUGGUUUGACGGCCAGCGGGCGGCGGAGAGCCGCCAGGGCACGCUGACCGAGUACUGCAACGCGCUCAUGGGGCUGCCCGCCAAGAUCUCCCGCUGCCCACACCUCCUGGACUUCUUCAAGGUGCGCCCGGAUGACCUCAAGCUCCCCUCGGACAGCCAGGUGAAGAAGCCAGAGACAUACCUGAUGCCCAAAGAUGGCAAGAGUAACGCUGCAGAUAUCACGAGCCCCAUCAUCCUGCAGACGUACCGGGCCAUCGCCGACCACGGGAAGAACUCGGCCUCGGAGAUGGCCGUAGCCACAGGGGACAUCGUGGAGGUCGUGGAGAAGAGCGAGAGCGGCUGGUGGUUCUGCCAAAUGAAGGCCAAGCGUGGCUGGGUGCCAGCAUCCUUCCUGGAGCCCCUGGACAGUCCCGAUGAAGCAGAGGACCCAGAGCCCAACUAUGCAGGUGAGCCCUACAUCACCAUCAAAGCCUACACUGCCGUAGAGGAGGACGAGAUGUCUCUGUCCCAGGGGGAAACUAUCGAGGUCAUUCAUAAGCUCCUGGACGGCUGGUGGGUGGUCAGGAAGGAGGAUGUCACUGGCUACUUCCCGUCCAUGUACCUGCAGAAGUCGGGACAGGACCCGGCCCAGGCCCAGCGCCAGAUCAAGGGCCGAGGGGCGCCGCCCCGCAGGUCGACCAUCCGCAACGCACACAGUAUCCACCAGCGGUCGCGGAAGCGCCUCAGCCAGGACUCCUAUCGCCGCAACAGCGUCCGUUUCCUGCAGCAGCGUCGCCGCUUGGCGCAACCAGGGCCGCAGAGUGCAGGGAGCCCUCGGGGGGAGAAUCCGCAGAGUCAGCGUGCGAAGCCGCAGCCCGCGGUGCCCCCGCGACCCAGCGCCGACCUCAUCCUGCACCGCUGCAGCGAGAGCACCAAGAGGAAGCUGGCGUCCGCCGUCUGAGGCGGGGCAGCCGUCCCGUACCCUGUCUGUGUGUGUACAUAGCCUGGCUGUCUGCUGGAGCAGCCCCGGCCCCCUCCCCACGUGGCUAUCCGCCAUCCUGCCAUCCUGCAUGAAUGUUGCUUAGAGUGGACCGAGGCUCCGAAGAGAUAGGCUCCGCCCCAAGGGUGUUUCUAGGACGAGGAGAGGAGGCAGUGAGUUCUGCUGGGUGGAAGUUUCAAGAGCCAAGGGCCCAUUGCCUUGGCCCUGGCCAAGAACAGGUCUGCAGAAGGCCAAAUGCAAGAGGAACCCCGAGUCCCUCGCUGAUCUUUUGCCUGUACAGAAACCUCCCGCUCUGACUCUAGUUACACACAGAACAGUCCUGAAGGUGGGUGGAUGCAGCCCCGCUUCGAGACAGGAUAAGGGUUGCAGUCCAGGGUGAAGUGUGCCUAUACAGACCCGGGAAAAAAAAAAAAAAAAAAAAGGUGAUUUAGGAAUGGAGGCUCCUCGGAUGAUUCCCUGAGACCGGUCCCAGUUAAGAGGGUGUAACAGAAGGCUAAAUUCAUUAAUGAACACGGCCUCACCACUUCCCCAAGCACUGCUGCUGGCCCACGGCCUCCAGGUCUCUCCUGGUGGGUCCUUCCCCAAAUGCAAAGCCACCGUGGAGCCAAGUGGAGUUGCAAAUCUUGCAGAAGAUUCUCUUGUCCAGAGGCCAUAGGGUGGGUGGAGAGCUGCUCCUCCUACAUGGGCAGUGGCUACUUGAGGAGGGGCAAAGCUGGUCCCCUUGGAGAUGAGCCUGCACGAAGGACAAAUCUUUCUAGAAUCAUUUGACCAUCAAAGGAUUGACAGAGGCCUUGGGAAAGCCACCGGAGCCCCUACCUGGUUAGGAAUUUUGCAGACCUUAUUAGCUGGAAAAGUCUGGCUUCAAUCACUAUCACACGCGCUGUGGGAGAUCCAACAGCAGCCCCAACCCCUGCUUGUUCAGUGGCUCUUAUCUUUUUAUUAAAUAUAUCUUACUUAUUUU